AUGGGAAACAGCAACGCUAGAAAGAUAUUCGAGCAAUUGGACAAAGAUAAAUCUGGAAAAGUUAGUUUGAGCGAGUUGUUAAACUCAGACGAGCAGCUCGGCUCUCCGUUUUCAUCACUCACCACUCUUUAUCACUUCGAUUUAGGAAAAGAGGGAAAACUUAACUAUAAAGAGUUCGUAGAAAUGGACAAGUUUGUUCAGCGUAUAAAACAUCAGGUUGAAAAAGAAACAGAAGAUAAAGAGAAACAUUUACAUGAAGGUCACCAUCAUUCAGCCACAUCAGAUGUUGCAUCGAUUAUUGGAAAAUUAUUUGGCAGAACCACAAGCAGUGAAAAUUUAGAAAGCCAUAAUCAAUCACUUGAUACCUUAUCUUCUUACGGCUCAGGCAAUGUUUCUCCAACAAGUGCAGAAAAGCUCUCAGUGAAAUUCUUUGCCUCUCCUUCCAAAUCACCAACGUGCAAGAGAUUGACAUCAGAACAUGCCCUUUCAGACAUGAUAAAAGAUCGUGUCAAUAACGUGCUGUUACCUGCCUUGCAUAAAGAAAUGUUUUGCAAGGAAGGGCGAAAAAAUUUUUUGAACUGGCUAUUUAAACUGUCUGACAUUGAACGUAACGGUAGAAUAUCAAGAAAAGAGCUGGAACUUAUUCUGAAAGCAGUUCAAAAGGAUGGAAUAGAUCUUGAAUGUCUAUUGUUCGACACUGAUAGUGACGAGGAACACAAUGGCCACCAUUCUGCCACUAAUCACAUUCUAACACAUGAAGAGGAAAUUCAAAAGUUCAAUAGAUUGGUGGAUCGAAUAAUGGAAGAGUAUGAUGUUGAGGGCCAUGGAUAUUUGAAUCAACAAGAGUUUAUGAAGUUAGGCGAAAUAAUUUUGACAAAAUAUGAAGCACUUCAUCUCGAGAACACUGAUUCAAAGAUUAUUGGCGAUUGGAAAAUGACCCAUAUUCUUGGCCGAGGAAGUUAUGGUGUUGUGAGGUACGCUCAUCAUGUUGACGACUACAAUGAAAAGAGAGCCAUCAAAAUCAUUAAAAGAGGUAAUGUGAGCGAUAUGUCAAGACUGGAUAUUGAGAUUCAGGCCAUGCAAAUGCUGAAACACAAAAACGUAGUCCAAUUAUAUGAAGUACUCGAAGACGAUGAAUACGUUUAUCUAGUCAUUGAGCUUUGUGGAGGCGGUUCUCUCUAUGAACACAUUAAGGACAAGCCUUUUGAUGAGAAUUUGGCCAGAUAUUACUUCAACCAACUGAUAGAUGGGUUGUCCUACUGCCAUGAAAUGGGAGUUUGCCAUCGUGAUCUACGUCUUGAAAAUUUAUUACUUGAUAAUGAAGGACAUUUGAAGAUUACUGACUUUGGCCAAGCAAGAAUUUUUAAGAAAGGUUGGGAUUUGUUUUCCACUCAGCUUGUAGGCAGUUUAUAUCAUCUUUCUCCAGAACAAAUUGAAGGAAAGGUUUAUGCUGGAGAAAAAAUUGAUAUCUGGAGCGCUGGUAUUAUUUUAUACUGUUUUGUCACAUCCAAACUUCCUUUUUGCUCUUCUGACGUGAAUACCAUGUUUGAUGAUAUCAAGAAUGCUAGAUAUACAUAUCCUGACGAUGUUGAGGUUUCUGUUGAAUGUCAAGAGCUGAUUUUUGGCAUGCUUCAACCGAAUCCAAAAGUUAGAGCAACUCUCAAGCAGAUAAAAGAGCAUAGAUGGACAAAAGGACCUCAACAACAACCAAACUUGAUGCUUGAAACCAUAACAUUGAAUGGAUUCUUUGAAAAGAAUAAGCACAUCGCAAACCUUCACAAAAUUGUCGGAAGAAUUCUUAUGGAUAUUUUAAAGCAAUUCGAUUGCCAUUUUAAAGUUGAAGUUAAGAAGAAAGAUAUAAAGCUUCCAACAAGCAGCAGUCAAGUGUUUAAUGGAAAUUCAUCCACUGUGAGCCAAAUGAUUAGAAUCGGAUCUGAUUCAGAUAUAUCAAGCAAGAGUGACAAGAGCGACAAGAGCGAGGAUGGAGAAAAAGAUGAGAUUUCUCACGUUCCUCAUUCUGCUUCAGAUAUGAGAACAUCGGCCAGCUGUUCCGUUUUUGAAGGAGCAAGACAAAAACCGAUCCUAACCAUUGAUACAAAUAUCAAAAAGAGUACCAUACACGCUUUAAGCUCCGAUGCUUCUCCUCUCCUUUUACAACCAUUCCUUAUCUUGAGAUGCAUUCACGCCAAGAAAGAUGUGAAAUUUUUAAUAACUGCUGAGGAAACAGAAAACAAUUCUCUCGCCAUUAUUUUUGCAUUGCGAGACGGAGAAACAAAAGAAUUUAAGAGCAAGGUAGCAAAAAUGAAACCAGAGAUCAUUACAAGACUCACGUCGUAG